GCGACAGCGGUCAGAAGCUAGUCCCAUGGAAGAAUCACGGUAGCCGGUAACAAAACACAAGGUUUAUUUCCCAAAUCAUAGUUUAUUUUUUAACAUACUGCCUUCACUUAGCAGUUACUCGCAUACCAGUACAGUUGGUUGGGCAAAUGUCAACUCAUAGCUGUACUUUCUAAGUGAGCCAGCUAGCUAACGUGAGCUGACUGCGAAGCGAUGGUUGCUAGCUAACUAGCUUGCUGCUGCUAUACAGUAUUUGUUCACCACAAUCAUGAGCGAAGAUGACAAUUCAGUAUCAGCAAACAAAGACUCGACUCUCCUGCUCACUAAAGACGGACAGACAUACUAUGUGAGUAAAAGUGGAGUAGUCGACAGCAGAAAUGUGAACACGCCGCACGAACCUGAGAACAACGUCUCAUCUUACGACAUGGAUGAUCCGGACGAGGAGAGCGACGUUCUGGACACUUCGGAUCCCAGAGAUAGCGCCGCCAGCCCGGAGGAGCUCAACGACGAGGAGACCUCGGAGGGCGACAACGCCCCCAAGCAGUGCACCUAUGAGGGAUGCACGGAGACCACAACGCAGGUGGCAAAGCAGAGGAAACCAUGGAUGUGCAAGAAGCACCGCAACAAGAUGUACAAAGACAAGUACAAGAAGAAGAAGAGCGACCAGGCCAUGUCCAGUGGCAAACUUGAUGAUAACUCAGAGGAGAGGCCUGUGUCUGUGAACAAACAGCGUCUGGGUGCCAUGGGGGACCGGCCGGCCAGACCCUCCCUGAUAGAGCAGGUCCUCAACCAGAAAAGACUGUCAUUGCUCAGGAGUCCAGAGGUGAUCAGCUUCCUGCAGCAGCAGCAGCAGCUCCUGGCCACACAGGGCCGCAGCCAAUCACAGCAGCAGUUCCAGGGAUGCUGACGCCGGCCGCUCGAUGUAUUUGUGAGAAAUAGAGAAGACUGAAGAAACACUGGUACUGAUGCAUACAUGGAUAGUAACCGUACACUGUAAACACCAAUCUCCUCAGCCAGACGGCCAUGCCGCAGAAAGAAUAACAUGAACAUGGUAAUCAAGCUUUGUUUAAUAAGCACGGUGAGCCUGGUGGACUAAACAAGGUUGAACUGAUCAGAGCCCCUCAGAAGGUGUGAUCUCCUGAAGUAGCAGACUGAUCAUGAACCUGGUGCUGUUUAGGAAAUGUAAUUUCCUUAAAGGAUAACUUUCGUUUUUUACAACCUGGACCUUAUUUGUAGCAUUAAAUACACCCAUUUACUCACCCAGACAACUUUGGUGGCAUUUGGAGUCGUUUUGAAGAAAUUAG